UGGGUGGGCGCCAGGAUGGGCGAGCCCCGGGCGCCACUGGCCCCCGAUGCCCCCGUCGUCCCCGCCACCGACCCCCGGCCCGGACCCUCCCCGUCGCGCGGGGGCACCGCCGUCAUCCUGGACAUCUUCCGCCGAGCUGACAAAAAUGAUGACGGGAAGUUGUCCUUGGAAGAAUUCCAGCUCUUCUUUGCAGAUGGCGUCCUCAGUGUGAAGGAGCUUGAAGAUCUUUUCCAUACCAUCGACUCUGACAACACCAACCACGUGGACACCAAGGAGCUAUGUGAUUACUUUGUGGAGCACAUGGGAGACUAUGAGGACGUCUUGGCCUCUCUGGAGACCCUGAACCACUCUGUCCUGAAAGCCAUGGGCUAUACCAAGAAGGUGUACGAGGGCGGGAGCAACGUGGAUCAGUUUGUGACCCGCUUCCUCCUGAAGGAGACGGCCAAUCAGAUCCAGUCGCUGCUGAGCUCUGUGGAGAGUGCCGUGGAGGCCAUUGAGGACCAGACCAGUCAGAUCCGACAGACCCACUGCAAACCCAGCCACGGAGUUACAGAGACUUGGUAUGGAAACGCUACACCACCCUAUACCCCCAACCACAAGCUUGUGGCUACUGACCAAGUAAAGAGCCUUCCCACUGUCACGGCAGAUGCCAAGGAGGCGGGCCUGGAAGCCCAGGUGAGCAGGCUGGCGGAGCUGAUCGGGAGGCUGGAGAGUAAGACCCUCUCCUUUGACCUGCAGCAGCGUUUGUCUGAUGAUGAGGGUACCAACACGCACCUGCAGCUGGUCCGGCAGGAGAUGGCUGUGUGUCCAGCCCAGCUGAGCGAGUUCCUGGAGUCCUUACGGCAGUACCUACGGGCCACCGCCGGCGAGAGGGACUGUUCGCACAUUGCUGCUAUGAGACUGUCAGACGGUUUCACCUUUGUUGUCUACGAGUUUUGGGAAACUGAGGAGGACUGGAAGAGGCAUCUGCAAAGCCCAGUAUGCAAGGCCUUCCGGCACACCAAGGUGGACACACUGAGCCAGCCUGAAGCCCUGACUAGGGUGUCUGUGCCAGGACACACCUUCAGACACAAGAGUCCCAAGGCCAACGAGGACCGGGAGAGAGGUAGCCCUCUCCUGAGGCAGCACAGAGACGAGACAGCCCCACUGCCCCAGCUGCAGCAUCUGGGCUGCUGCCAGCCCACAGGCACUGAGAGUCUUCAAACCUCCUCACAACGAGUGGGAAGCUCAGUCUUCACUUGGCAAUCUCGACCUCGGUUUUUUGGAACUAAAGAUGCCAUUGCCCGAGAGUCUGCUGUGUGUGAGAUGCUCCACCUGCUGUCCUGGGUGGGCUAUCACCGUUAA